AAAGACUUACACAACCACACAAAUGUAACCUCUCCCUCUCCUUCACCACCACCACUGCUCCUCUUACUUGAGCAUCUCUCCAACUUCAUUAAUGUCAGCAAGGAGAGACAUUUUUUUUUUUUUUGCUUUCACGGUUUCACCGUUUCAGCUUUCACGCGCCCAAAACGACUGUAAAACUUAAAAACCGAUUUCUGACCGUUCAAUUUAUUACAUAAGGACGAAAAGCACAUGUCUCUGGACAAGUUCCUUACGGUGCGUCUCAAUCUCAAUUAUCACUUCCAUGUAUUUAUCUACACCAUUGAAACUAUAAGGCAAAGGUUGUCGAAGUUAAAGGCAAUGGAAUGGUUCAGAUGCCCCGUUUCUGGGCUUUUACUCCCCCUGUUUUUCUUUCUUGCUUUCUUCAUCUUCUUUCCCCGGAAGGAACAAAAUUAUGUUACCCACUUGCCUCCUCCUUCGUUCCUUUCCACUAUCAAACUCAACCACACAAAUAUAACCACUUUUUCUCCCUCUCCCUUACCACAACCACCACCACCACCACCACUUGAGCUUCUUUCCAUCUUUGCUCCUGCAAAUGAAAGCUACAAUAACACUAGUACUGUUUUAAGUGGCGUUAUUAAGAAAUAUCCUAGUUUGGAUAAAAUAGAAGAAGGUUUAGCUCGAGCACGGGCAUCAAUUCGGGAAUCUGCCCGAUUUAUCAAUUAUACUUCACCAAUGAGGGAGAAAAUUGUCCCCAAAAGAUCCAUUUACUGGAAUGCACGCGCGUUUCAUCAGAGCCAGAAAGAGAUGUUAAAGAGAUUCAAGGUGUGGGUGUAUGAGGAGGGAGAACAACCAUUAGUGCACUAUGGACCAGUAAACAAUAUAUACUCAAUUGAAGGCCAAUUUAUUGAUGAAAUGGAUAACUAUCAUAAGUGGAGUCACUUCAGGGCUAGAAAUCCUAACCAGGCACACGUUUUUCUCAUUCCCUUCAGUAUAGUUAAUAUUGUUCAGUAUGUUUACAACCGUAAUCUAAGGCAACCGGGCUCCCAAUCUAUUCAGCUCUUGGUGGAAGAUUAUAUCAGGGUUAUUGCACAUAAGUAUCCUUAUUGGAAUAGAACUGAAGGGGCAGACCAUUUUUUACUAUCAUGUCAUGAUUGGGGUCCCACAAUUUCGUAUGCCAAUCCUAAACUCUUCAAGAACUUUAUCAGGGUACUAUGCAAUGCUAACACCUCGGAAGGAUUCAGACCUAACAAAGAUGUUUCUAUACCUGAAGUGAAUUUAUUACCUAGAGGAACGCUAGGCUCACCCAAUCGAGGACAACACCCAAAUGACCGUACCAUUUUAGCUUUCUUUGCUGGUAGAGAACAUGGUGCAAUUCGAACAAUCUUGUUGAAUCAUUGGAAGGACAAAGAUAAUGAUGUCCAAAUAUAUGAAUCUCUUCCAAAAGGCAAAGUCUAUACCAAACUAAUGGGACAAAGCAAGUUUUGCUUGUGCCCAAGUGGUUAUGAAGUUGCAAGUCCAAGAGUGGUGGAAGCAAUUUAUGCAGGGUGUGUGCCUGUGUUAAUUAGUAGUAGUUACUCUCCACCCUUUACUGAUGUCUUGAAUUGGAGCCAAUUUUCAGUAGAGAUUCCAGUGGAAAAAAUUCCAGAAAUCAAGACAAUAUUACAAAGUGUUUCACCGAAAAAGUAUUUGAAACUGCAAAUGAAUGUCUUGAGAGUUCAAAGGCAUUUUACAAUUAAUCGACCAGCAAAGCCAUUUGAUCUAAUGCAUAUGAUACUUCACUCGAUCUGGCUCAGAAGGCUAAACCUUAAACUUGUUGAUUCUAGAUAGAAAGUUCUUAUUCUUUUUCCCCUUGCUAGUUGUAUUUUAUAGUAAAAACCAAAUGUUAAUUAUAAACUAGUAUAUAUUUUUCAUCAUGUGCAGA